UAAUCAGCUGAGACGAAAUAUGCCAAACAAAGAGUUAGUUAUAGGAAGAAGUGACGGCAUCUAGAGACUAAUUAAAAGCAGUAUCUGUUUGAAAAUUUUCUGUCCUAUUAUUCCUGUUUUAAAGAUUUUGAAGAUACAGAAUGUUUUUACAAAAGAAAUCCGAGAUAAAUAAACGUAGGACUCAGGACAUAUCGCAGUUUGGACUGACUGAAAUUCCUGAUGACUUCGAUCCUACCGGCAGUUUUGUUGAUAUGGAAGGUAGUGACAGCGACUUGGAAGCUGAGUUAGCAGCAAUUGCAAGUGGGAAAAGCAAAGCACCCGUUCGCAAAAAAGACUAUAAAAGAGAAGAGAAAAAUGAUCUAGAUAAAAUGGUGGCGGAAAGUCUCAAAGAUAUUGCUAGCGAUGAUGAAGAUGAUGCGGACUUAGAAAAUGAUAACGAUCUUUUAGGCGAAUUACAACAAAUAGUUGGACGCGAUGAAUGUUCUAACCCAGCAGCAGCAAACAUAGCAAAUGAAAAUGAAGGAGAUAUUCCGCAGGAUCAGCACGAAAAUAUACUAUCUACUACAAGUGCGGAGAUCAUGCAAAUUAUACAGCAACGUAUUGAAACAUAUAGAUUUGCCGAAACAAAAUCUAAGAACACCGGCGAAAGCGCAAAAGCUCGUAGGUUUGCUCGAGGCCUUAAAACUUUAUUAGAAAUGCAAAAACUAGUCAACACUGGUAAAGAUAUAAAUGUGGAUGAUAUACCACCUCAAAUCAAUGUUAAACCUGUAGAAAAUUUAGAAGAAAACGUACUACCUUCCGUACCUUCUCGUUCUGCACCACCACCAGCCCCAUCAAUUGAUUCCUUAUCUGAAACUAAAAGUUUGGAAGAUGCGACACCUCAUAAAAUAAAAAAUUCUACAUUAGGGCAGUUACUCCAACGGCAGAAAGAAUAUAAAACUGCAGCACUUCAUGCAAAGCGCAAUGGGGAUACUGGUGUCGCUAUUCAAUUUAUCAAAGUUGUGAAACAAUUUGACAUGGUCAUUAAAAUGAUAGAAGAUAACCAGAAAGUUGAUUUGAGUGAUAUGCCUCCUCCUCCUGACCAAUUUUUGGCAUUCAUGAAAAAAUUACAAGAAGGUGCAGAAGAAAAUCAAAACGAUAUCAAUACAGUUGCUCAGCCGCAUGAAGAACCAAAAAGUGAAGAUGACAUUAGCAUUCCACUUCCAAUGCAGGAUGCUCUACAGCAGCGACUAGAUAAGUAUAAAUCUGUACAGGAAACAGCAGAAGCUGAAGGUAAUUCCAGCAAAGCCCGUCGAUUCGGGCGAAUUGUAAAACAGUAUGAAGAAGCUAUUAAGCAAUAUAAAGCUGGACUUCCCGUUGCAUAUGAUGAUCUGCCUGUUCCACCAGGCUUUGGUCCACUGCCGAACGAAAAUUCUAAGGCCGGUAGUUCAAACACUCCAUCAACUACCGUAAUAGCAAAACAUUCUAACCUUCGUGAAGACGGAAAAAAUUUAAAUCAAUUACCUUCAGAGAUUCAAUCAGCGUCAGCGCCAUCACGUGUGUCUCCUCAAAAACUUGAUUUAACCACGCGUACAUCAGGAAACCAACAAAAAAAUAAUUUAGCAGAGCAGCAGAUGAAAAUUCUACUUGAGAGGCAAGCUGAAUUCAAAGUUGCAGCGAUUGAAGCAAAGAAAGCUGGGGAAAUCAACCAAGCUAAAGAAUACCUUAAAAUAUAUAAAGGAUUUGAUGCUUUAUUAAAUGCGGCUAGUAGUGGAUUACCAGUUGAUCUUACAACGUUGCCGUUACCACCUUCUCAGAGGGACGAUCUCGAAGCAUCAUUUGCCAUUGUCUCUACGGAAGAAUGUAAUACGGAUGAUGAUAUAUCUGACAUCGCCAUACGAAUUGAGGAGCAAUUAGCCAAACAGUUAAUGAUGUGCAAAAACACAAGAGACCAUCACAAGGCCAUGGGUGAUGUGGCCGGCAUGAAUCGCUUUGAAAAUUUGGCAUUAACUGUUCAGAAAGAUUUGGACUUAGUUCGUUAUUUAAAGCAUAAAAAUCAUAGUUUGCCUAAAUUUCACUACGAAAAGCGAAGUUUUAACAUAGUGCAUUGCAAUACAGAACUAUCGGAAAACGAAUUAGAAAUAAUAGUUGUGCGUGGUCUCAACUAUAAUGUACCUAAUCCUAAAGAUGUAGACACUUACGUUAAAAUAGAAUUUCCUUUGUUGAAUGAUGAUACAUUCAAAGUGAAAACUUCAGUAAUUAAGAAUAACGACAGUCCAGACUAUGAAGAACAUUUCCGUGUAGAGAUACAGCGUGGUAAUCGUCAAUUUCAUCGUAUAUUUAAAAGACAUAGUGUAAAAUUUGAAGUUUACUCUCGUGGUUGCAGUUUAGACUACUGUGGACUAAGUUGUAUACUGCCUACCUGUUGUUUCAGCGGAUUCCUGCGCUCAGAUACACUUAUUGGUACGGUUAAUGUGAAAUUACAGCCCUUGGAAACGAAAUGUGAUGUACAUGAUACAUUCAAUCUGAUGGAUGGUCGCAAAGCGGUCGGUGGUAAAUUAGAGGUUAAACUUCGCGUUCGGAACCCUAUUCUUACCAAACAAAUGGAGCAUAUUGAAGAGAAGUGGUUGGUACUGGAUGCUUAGUUUUUGAAACUUUAAAUUGUAUUUUACUUUAUAUUGUAAUAAAUUGAAUCGGUAGUAUUACGAUAUCGUUUGA